AUCAACUAGUGGUUUAAAAGCAAUAUCUCUAGAACGUAUUGGUAACCCUUCGAGACCUUUAUCCGGGUUAAAGUCGGUCAAUAGGGUACUUAUUAUAAACAACACUGACGUUCCAAAGAAAAAGAAAAAUACGACAUUGAUGUUUUCCACGGCACUCCACAAUAAACCUACUCCUAAUGUGCUUGCUCCAUAUGCGAAAGAUCCCCAGAGUCGUUGUUGA